UCUCACGCUGUCGGGAGGAGAAAGCAUGGCGCCGAAACACAAGCAGCAGAAAAAACGAGUGAAAUCUUCCAAGAUGAGGCUCGACAGCGCGAACGGAGCCGAGGAGGAGCCGGGGAGCGGAGAGCCGAGCGGGGCGAGCGGAGACGACGAGCCCGGGCCCAGAAACAAGACGGAAGACGAGUUUAAUCUGGACGAGGUUCUGAAACUCGGAGGGACUCAGUCGGACUUUGUGAUGUUGUCGGCCGUGGACGACUCGAACGAACUGAUCGAUGGAGGAAAGAAAGGAGCGAUUGACGACCUGGAGGAGGGAGAGCUGGAGAAGUUCAUCACCAAACUGGGCAUCAGAGGUUACUCCGGUCUGCAGGUCGUUCCUGAUGAAGACGAGGCUCCGGAAGAAUCCAACGUGAAGAAACCAGAAACACAGAACGAGACGAAACCCAAAGAAAAGGAGAAAAAGUCGAAAAAAUCAUCAGUGAAAAAACCGCAGACGUCUGAAGACCAGAGACCGAAAGAAAACAAGAAGGUCAAAGUGAAAGCCAACGUGUUUGAGUUCACCAAGAGGAGCGUUCUUCUCAUCAAACCUGGAGGGAAGUGGUACGACAACGACUACAGCUCUGAGUCCUGCUCCUCGGACCAGGACAAAGAUCUGCUCUCCAGGUACAAAGCUCUGGCCCAGCAGCUCCUGGAGAACGAGGUGGACGUGUACAGGACCAAGAAGAACCUGCAGAAGGGAGCGAACUCGGCCUGGAUGAAGACGGUGGUGUCCGCCGGCGUCCUGGCCGAUCGGAUGGCGGCGAUGACGGUUCUGAUCCAGGACUCUCCGGUUCAUUGUCUGGAACAUCUGGAGAACCUGGUGUCCAUGGUGAAGAAGAAGGGCUCCCGCAGGAUGGGUCUGAUGGCCGUGGACACGAUCCGAGAGCUGCUCCUGUCCGACCUGCUCCCGGCAAACCGAAAACUCCGCCCCUUCUCCCAGCGUCCGUUCGCCGCGCUGGAGGAGAGGGCGAGCGGGAACCGAGACGCCCGCGACCGCCGCCUGCUCCUGUGGCUGUUCGAGCAUCGCCUGAGCCUCCUGGUGGCCGAGUUCGUGGCGGCGCUGGAGACGGUCUCCCACGACACGGUGCUCGCCACCAAAACCAAGGCCCUGAUGACGGCGUUCGAGCUGCUGAGCGCGCGGCCCGAGCAGGAGAGGGCGCUGCUCACGCAGAUGGUGAACAAACUGGGCGACCCCGAGUACAAACUGGCGGCGAAAGCGACGCACGUGCUGGAGACGCUGCUCCACCGACACCCAAACAUGAAGAGUGUGGUCUGCGCCGAGGUCGAGAGGCUCCUGUUCAGAGCAAACAUCGCCGAGAAAGCCCAGUACUACGCCCUCUGCUUCCUCAACCAGGUGAUCCUGAGUCGGGACGACGCUGACCUCGCCGCUCGCCUCAUCGGGAUCUACUUCUCGUUCUUCGGCUGGUGCGUGAAGCGGCGGCAGGUGCAGGGGAAGAUGCUGAGCGCGCUGCUGAGCGGCGUGAACCGGGCGUAUCCUUUCGCCGCGGCGGGAGACGAGGCGGUGAAGCGGCACAUGGACUCGCUCUUCUCCGUCGUCCACACCGUCAAGUUCAACACGGCCGUGCAGGCGCUCAUGCUCCUGCACCAGGUCAUGGACUCGCAGCAGAGCGUCUCCGACCGCUACUACGGCGCCCUCUACAGGAAGCUCCUGGACCCGGGUCUGUCUGGAUCUUCUCGUCAGGGGAUGUUCUUGAAUCUUCUGUACAAGUCCCUCAGGUCGGACUCGGUGCUGCGGCGAGUCAAGUCCUUCGUGAAGCGUCUGCUCCAGGUCAGCGGCGAGCAGAGCCCCGCCUUCGUCUGCGGAGCGCUUUUCCUCCUCUCAGAAGUCCUCAAGACCAGACCAGGACUACGGACCCUGCUCCACAACUACCAGGACGGAGAGGAGGAGACAUUCAGAGACCUGCCCGACGAAGACGAGGAGGAGGAGGAGGAGGAGGAGUUUGUGGACGCAGACAAACCUCAGCAGAAACUCAUGGAGAAUAAACCCAGAGCAUCAUGGGUCCAUCACCACAACAUGGAGGGAGGUAAAAACGUCCAGUCGUACGACCCUCUGCACAGAAACCCUCUGUACUGUGGAGCCGACUUCACCACACUCUGGGAACUACACAAGCUUUCGGCGCAUUUCCACCCGUCUGUGUCUCUGUUCGCCAAAACCAUCCUCCAGGGGGACAGUAUCUCGUACACUGGAGAUCCUCUGCAGGAUUUCACUCUGAUCCGGUUUUUGGACAGAUUUGUUUUCAGGAAUCCCAAACAGCUCAAAGGAAAACAGAACAGUGAGUCUUUGGUGCUUCAACCCAAGAAAAAUGUGACGUCGUCUCUGCCCGUGAACGGUGAGGAGUUUGUGUCUAAAGACGAGAGUCAGAUCCCAGUUGACCAGAUCUUCUUCCACCGUUUCUUCCGUAAGCGUCGCGAGCAGCAGCAGCAGAGCCGCAGACCUCGACCUGAAGGAGACACGGACAGUAUCGAGGACGUGGACGACGACGAGUUCGAGAAGAUCCUGGACUCGUGUGAGGGAGACUCGUACUACGCUCAGCUCAAAGAGAACGACCUGGACUUCGCCGGGAGCGUGAGCCGGACAAAAGGGAAGGCGUCCGACUCCGGGUCUGAGGACUCGGACCAGGACCCGGACCAGGACCUGGACGACGAGGAGGUGGAGCUGAGUCUGGACGAGGAAGACUUCGGGGAGGAGUUUGAGGAAGAGGGCGGAGCUUUCGUGAAUCCAGACGACGAUGAAGAAGAAGAAGUCCCGGAGUUGGAGGAAGACGAGGAUUUUGGAGACUCGGACGAGGAGGAGAUGGACGUUCAACCACAGAAGAAGAAAACCAAGAGGAAACACGCAGACGAGCUGGACUUCGCUCAAGGUUUAGGACCAAAAGGAGCGAAGAAGAAGAAGAAAGGAAAGAACGACUCGGCCAUGUUUGCAUCUGCUGAAGAGUUCGGGUCUUUGUUGGAUGAAAAUUCCGGCUCUAAAUUCGACAACGUGGGACUGAACGCCCUGAGGAACACGGACAAAGCAGGUGUGAAGCAGCUGAAGUGGGAGUCUCAGCGCGACGACUGGAUCCACGACCGCGACGCCAAAACUCUGAGGAGGAAGAAGAGCAUGUUCCAGAGGAAGAGGAAACCGCACGCGCCCGCAGGAAACAGGAAGUUCCCCGCACGCGCGCCCGCAGGAAACAGGAAGUCCAACGCACGCGCGCCCGCAGGAAACAGGAAGUCCAACGCCAAGAGGAGGAAGUGACAGAUCAGGCUGUGAAAAAAAACCACGGACGUUUAAAUAAAUCGCCUGAAAUCUGAGUCCAGAACUUUUAUAUUUGACAGAGACAUUUUUAAAGCAGAACAUUUGUUGAAAUAUAUUUGUUUGGUGUAAAAAGUGACAGAUCCGUUCAGAGGGUUAAAGGUCGACGACUCGGACAGAACUCUGUGUUCAUAUGAAUAAAACACCAGUUUUCAGUUUGA